UUUACAAGUCACGGCGAAGGGGGCAGCUGCUUGCCUUGGUGGGGCCAGGGGAUUGGCGGGCAUAUGGAGAGAAGGGCACAUUUGCAGGCUUGCUGAGGCCCUCCUCCAGCUGGAGGCCACGAUCCUGUAACUACCGGAACCCCUAGAAAACAGAGGGCUCUGGAGGCCACAGGCACGAUGCUUCGAGUCCUGGUGGGGGCUGUCCUCCCUGCCAUGCUGCUGGCUGCCCCACCGCCUAUCAACAAGCUGGCACUGUUCCCGGACAAGAGUGCCUGGUGCGAGGCCAAGAAUAUCACCCAGAUCGUGGGCCACAGUGGCUGUGAGGCCAAGUCUAUCCAGAACAGGGCAUGCCUAGGACAGUGCUUCAGCUACAGCGUCCCCAAUACCUUCCCGCAGUCCACAGAGUCCCUGGUGCACUGUGACUCCUGUAUGCCGUCCCAGUCCAUGUGGGAGAUUGUGACCUUGGAGUGCCCUGGCCAUGAAGAGGUACCCCGGGUGGACAAACUGGUGGAGAAGAUUCUGCACUGCAGCUGCCAGUCAUGCGGCAAGGAGCCCAGCCACGAGGGCCUGAGUGUCUAUGUGCAGGGCGAGGAUGGGCCGGGCACCCAGCCUGGCUCCCACCCCCACCCCCACCCACAUCCCCAUCCUGGAGGCCAGACCCCUGAGCCCGAGGAUCCCCCAGGGAUCCCCCACCCGGAGGAGGAGGGGGCUGAGGACUAAGGCCCUGACUCUUCCUCCCCUCUCAUCCCCCUGUGGAAUGUUGGGUCUCACCCUCUGGGGAAGAGUGGGGUUGGGGGGAUGCUGAAGCCCCCCUCUGGCACCAGAUGGACUUGGAUUCAGACUUGGACUUGGAAUGUUGCCCGGUUGCCAUGGAGAUCUGAGGGGGGCAUUGAAGCCAAGCUGCACAUUUUAAUAUGUUCAAGAGUAGGGGGAGGAAGCAGAGGUCUUCAGAGUUGUUUUUGGGAGGGGGACCCUCUUCCUUUCUGCCUCCUAGCUGUGUGCC